GACUUUCUCUAGGCGCAUUCAGCAGAAGGAGGACCGACCUUAUAUCUGACAUUGCUGACACUACAGUACGGGAAUUCGUUGGAUUGGUUCAAGAGUACGGCAAGUGUGAGGAUGACCACCCCAAGGCAACCAUUGGUGAAAGAGGCCCAGAAUGGAAGCAGUGAUGGUCUCGACAGAUGCUGGCAUAUUCCCGUAAUCGCAGCCCUCGCAAUGUUGGCAGCCUCAAUCGGAAGGCAAAAUUCCGGAUUCUUCUACGUGGGAUUCAUGGAAGUGUUCAGCAUCAAUCGAUCGGAUGCAUCCUGGCCAAACAGCGUGACAUCUGUCCUCAUAAAUUUGUCAGGAGUCCUGCUCUGGUUACUCAGGUGUCGUCUGUCUGCUUACCAAAUUACUUUGAUCGGCAGCAUAUUAACCUGGACUGGCAUUGUUGCGUCAGCUUUUGCUCCCAGUAUGCAAUGGACAACCGCCACAUUGGGCGCUAUUUACGGUACCGGUGUGGGAAUCGUCACGUUAUCUCUCGCCUACAUUAACAUCUUAUACUUCGACCAGUACCGGGGAAUAGCUUGUGGCGUAAAAUUCGCCGGCGUGUAUUUAGCAUCACUAAUUUUCCCGCCGGCACUCGUGUAUUUUGAGGAAGCGUAUGGCUUCCGUGGCGCUCUACUUCUGAGUGGUGCUAUCACAAUGCACGUAACAGCCUUUUGUCUCCCGCUAAACGUGCCCCAAUGGAUAAGACACAAAACGGAAGUCCGACAGCCCAUCAAGUCUACGGAAUUCUGUACUAUCAACGGAACACAGCUCUCACAGGGCAGCUCUGCGAGCAGGAAUACCUCCGGAACAAACAUUUCUAAAGUCUCAGAGAGUAUUCUAGAAUCCGUCAGGCUUCUUCGGAUGCCAGUUUAUUAUGCGAUUGUUGCAUAUACCGUCAUAUCGGAUUUUGCGGCCAUGGCAUUUCAAUCAACGAUUGUUGACUAUUCAAUAGAUAAAGGCUUCUCUCUGGAAACAGCUGAGUCUAUGGUUGUGUAUUCAUCAGUUGCCCAACUGGCGGGAUGUUUAAUUGUCCCGCUUCUGGCUGACCGCGGAUUCAUGAGCCGGAGCACACUAAUCGUGGUCAAUCUCAUCGUUUUCGGUUGCUCACUGUUAAUCCUUGCAGAAGUUGAAAAGUAUGCGUACGUUCUCAUUGUUUGCCUUUGUGUAGCAAUCCCCUCAGCAUUCCUCACUGCCAUCAAAGCUGCCAUUAUCACUGACUACCUUGGAGCGGAUGCAAUCCCAUUGUGUUGUGCAUUGUUGGGACUAUCAACGCUGCCCUUGUUUUUGUGCAAUCCUACAAUAAUAGGUGAGCUGUUUUUUCUCUUUAAUUUCUGAGCUUAACGCUUCGGAUCGGGCGUAGGCUAGCGCCCCCAGCCGGUGCUUUAAACUUUGACGGCGUAUAUAUCCCACCCU